CGCUCGCGCCGCCCUCGCCUACGGUCUCCUGAUCAAUCAACAAGCCGCUGCAGGCCAGGCCCUAAACGCAGGGCCCUCGUUCGACGUGAGACCAGGGGGGCCCUUUACGCGCUCACGCACCGUCUCACCCGCUUAUCACACGGUGUGAGCGCCGUGAGGGGCCAAAGAUGGAAGCAGCCUCGGUGCAGGCGCAGGCGCAGUGCGGGGUCUGACUGACGGGCCUGGAUCGGGGGGGCCCAAUCGAUGAGAUCAGGAUCGAUCAUUCAACGGCGGCAGCCAAGGCGACAUCUUCUCCUUCUCCCGAUACGACGACAUUAGAUAUUCGCAAUUCAUAUUCGCACUCCAUGAGCGGGGACAAGGAUGGACGCGAUGAUGGCGGGGUAGCCUCCCAGCCUCCGCAGCCUGGACUACAUCAAUUGGUCACCCUCCCCUUUGCUCUGCACAUCGACCCACUCCCCUCUCUCCACUACCAAGCGGUACCCCGCAACAGCAGCGACGUCUCCCUCCCCUCGACGGCAGAGGAGGACCCGCUCGAGCUCGCGCAACCGCACAACUCUGCAAUAGGCAACAACCUCCGCCUCCAACCGUUGAUCAUCCAACCACCCGCCCACGACCUGCAGACCAUCUCCUACCUCCUCGAGCACUCCCGCGCGACAGAGGCAGUCCCACACUUCGCAGCGCUUCUGCGCCUCCUCGCUGCAGCGGACGAUGACCCUCACUUCUCAGCACUUAUCGACUUCUUCGACGCCCGGUAUGACCUGCAGACGGGUCGUCUCGUAGGCGACACCUCCACCGCCCCUCUUCCCACACGUCGUCCAGGUCGACUAGCCCGUAUGGUCUCACGCAAACGUCGCACCUCAUCCAACAACAAUGGCAACUCAGCAUCGCGCCCCUCCUUCUCGCUGGGACAGAGCGGACACAUCCUCUCGCCUACAGCAGAGGGGGACGAGCUGGCCGUAUCACUCGACGACGACACGAUGAGUCUGGCAGAGGAGAUUAUGCGUGCUCGCUCGCAUAGCGGAGGAGGCGCAGCGGCCGGGAGGACGGCACCACAGCUAGUCGUAGGGGCGGCUGCGAAUCGCAGCGUCAUCUUCCCUGUGAGGUUGGACCUGCACAAUGCGGGGAAAGGCUUGUGUCCACCGCCGCCUGCGCCCAUCUUGUCGCGGGGUCGAGGAGCGAGUGAGAGCAGCGGGGUGCGCGCCAGCGAGGGGAGCGGGCUGCGUCGCAUCCUCUCGCCAGGCUCAGACCACUCAUCGCACGAUGAUUCGCACGAUUUGACAAGGCAGACCAGCAGCGGCACCGCCGAGUCGAAGCAUCGCCGCAGCUCCACGCUGCAACGCAUCCUCAGCAGCCGUCGCAAGUCCCGCCGCCGCGAUCCCAGCAAUGGCAGCGCAGUCAGCGUCGAGAGCGAUGCACCUCCUGUCCCUCCCAUCCCAUCGAGCCCAAUCGAGGACAGCAUGGCGGCUCUCAGCUUCGACUCGGCGGGCAAUCCACUCAGCCCACUAGGCCAAGGCGAUUCAUUCGACCCCGUCUUCCUCUCCUCGGACGAAGGGCACGGUGGAGCUUUUCUCCCCGCAACGAAGGACGGCCUCAACAACGAAUGGGCGGGGAGCGCGAGUGGGUCACCCGAUUUCCUCACCCUCCUCCGCCAAGCAUCAGAAACGGCUCUCAGCCUUCCGUCCUCCGCUGCCUCACCCUCCUCACCGAGCGCGAAAGCCAAGGGCAAACAGUCCGCAGAACCCGGCCUCGAAGCUUCGCAUCGCCCGCCUUCCACCAAGUCCAGCCAACACGACGAUGAUGCCGAGUUCGAGGACAACAUCUUCUCCAAGUGCGCGCGAGGGGAGACGACCGAAGAGGAAGAGCUCUGGUGGCCUGCAGGUGCCACAGACCCGCUCCCACUCGCCAUCUUAUCUGCUUUGGCACCGGCAUUUGGGUGGGGAGGGGUGUUCGAGCUUUGCUACGGGCCAGGGUCGCCAGGCCACGCCUCCAAGCAGCUCAGAGCCUUGGGGCUGGCAGCUGCGCAGGCUAAUGGCCGCGAGACGCAAAGUGAAGACACGUCUACCCACGCGCGCACGUUCGCCGACUGGCAGCGUCUCCUCUCCAGCAUGAGUCGCUGGGUCGAGCUCUACGAGAUGACGCGUAUACGCGGCGGUCUCUCGCGCGAGAUCGGUCUAGACCUUCCCGCCGAGACGACCACGCCAUCCCCCUCCCCAUCAUCGGCGCCCGCGCAAUACACCCUCACCUCCUCCAUCCCCUCCUCCGUAGUCCACGACGCCACAACCCGCUCCCACGCAUAUCGCCGUCGCAUGGGCAUACCGGACGGCCUCCCCUGCCAGCCGGACGGCUUUGAGCCAGGCGACUAUCGUUGGUCGCGUCAGAAGUUAGGCUCAGCGAGCGUAGCAACGGCCACGACGCUCUCUGCCGCCUCUCUCGCGCAUUACUUCUCGGCGAUGGCACGUGAGCCCUGGGUGUACGAAGCCGCAUGGGAGCUCGACUAUCUCGAGGCACUUGUGCUCAAGAAUCCAGUCAUCGCUGAGCGAUUCCCACCGCCAGGGGCCAGAGCGGUCACCGCUUUGCCGGCGCCGGAACCGCCUAGCCCGGGGGACGAUCGGCAGCACCUUCUCCCGCGGGCUUGUCCCAACCCCACGUCCUCCGGAUGUAUGGAGGUGCAAGCUUGGCGCGAGUGGCUACAAGGGUUGGAGGCGGGGAAUGUCGUUACGCCAGUGGUCUCGGUGCAGGCUUGGUGGACAUGCAUUGCGCUUUUGAACGAAGCAGUGCCACAGGGCCUGGAGGUGCAGAUCUUGGGUGGGGGAGAGGAUUGGCGAGAGGUGCGCGUGGGAGAGGGGGAAAGGGGCGUUUAUAUCUAGGCGUGCGACGUGCGUGCGACGUGCGUGCGCCAUGUGUACUACGUUGUCGCGGAGUCGCAGAUGCAAUAUGAGAUACCCUGACGUUGUACGUACCGCGAUGCGUUGCGACCCGCUCGGGAUGAAGAGACGGCCCGGCGCGGCCUCCACCCCCGCGGGCACUUGCAAGACGCCGGCGGUUGA